AUGAAAUUUGAACUUGUUGUUAACAAAGAUGAAAUUCUGUUUAAACCACUAACGAAAACUGUAGCUGCGGUUACAGUAGUGAGAACACGUGUCGAGAGUGAUGGUAGGCCAUGUGCGACGGAUGAUGCUGCGGUAUCAGUCGUACCUGUUGCUGCGGUAACAGGUAGCAAUAUCACUUCUGUGGACGAGAUGCAAAAAAGCAAUGAAACGGAUGCUGGGAAUAGCAUUGAGGGAAAAACGUUUUGGUUUAAAGAAUUUGAAAUGUUAUGUUUAACAAGCGAUUUUGAGGAAAUUGAUGAGCGGGGAAACGCAGAUUUAUCGAAUAUCAGUAAAGAAAAUGUGAGGAUGCGUGCGCGAUUACGCCGUCGGUUUACAGAUUUAAUUCUGAGAGCCACUAUAUGCUCAGCCAACGUCCUAGCUAUACUACCAUUUCGCUACAACAAAACCAAGCGAAGAGUAGAAUGCUCGAAAUUAUGGCUUAAGUAUACCAUCAGCAUCAAUGUGAUCAUCCUUUUUCUGCUCAUCUGGACACGACCCACAAAAGAUCGCCUAAAUGUCGAUAUAUUGCAACGCAAACCGAUUGUGGCGCUCGUCAAUUACUUAAAUUUUUACGGCACGAUUUACACGAUUGUCCUCAUUAUUUGGAUGAAUUGGCGUGACCGCAAGAACCUCUUGGAUUUCUUCAACACAUGUUUGAUUAUGGAAUAUGAGUGCUUCCGUAUUUAUAGUGACCUCAAGCGGGAAUGUGAAGAUUUCGACAACUUCAUCAUAUGGAAGGCCGUUCUAACUCUAUUGCAAAAUGCCUCCUUCGUCAAUACGGUCUAUGAUUUCAGGAGUUUUAGUUGGGUCGCUCAAUUGCUGUUGCUAAUUUUCACAUAUUUCUUGCUUAAUAUGCUGUUGGUCACCAUCCAGCUGUUCAUCAUAUGUAUUCUCUUUCAAUAUCGCUGCUUUUGGGUGCUUAAUCGACGGCUGCAGCAUAUCGCCGAGGUGGAAUUGAAGCAAAGCGGUCGGGAACAUAUAACAGCGGAGAUUAGUAUGCUUUGUGGUAUUUACGUGCGUUUGCUGGGCAUUUUUCGCCGGUGUACGAAUAUGUACGAGCAACAAGCCUUGCUGAUGGUCGCCGUGUUGACUGGUUCGAAUAUAAUGAGCUUGUUUUUUGCAAAGCUUAUUUGGACCGGUAAGGUUAUGGAAAUGAGUGUUUGGAGUAUCUGCGAUAAUCUACAAAUGGUUCUGAUUAACGUUGCCGAUUUUUGGUUAACAAUAACUAUCUGUGAAUUGACGGUGAACACUUCGCGAAUAACGGCAAAUUUGCUACGAAAUUUUAAUGACUUUCGACGGUUGGACAAAUACCUGGAGCGAAAUGUGGAACAAUUUUCAUUUAUUUGUUGUGAUAACCAAUUGAAAUUCCGUUUGUGUGGCUUGAUAGACCUAAACCACGAGACCGGUUGCAGAAUUUUAUUCACAAUGAUUUUAUAUUUUAUAUAUUUCGUUCAAGUUGACUAUAAUGCUACAUGA